CCGCCUCAUUAUAUUGAACUAUUAGUCAUAUUGUGAUAUGAAAACUGUUAGUAACACACAAUUAAUUUGUCACAGUUAUUUUGGUGACAGAAAUCUCUAUAUUGUGUAACAGCUGCUUGUUCUAAUCUGAUCAAAACAAGGAUAAAACUUAAAGCCUUCAUUCUAACAUGUCCAUAACAGUACUAAUUCAAAGCUGUAAUGGCUUAAAGACUUCAUAUGUGUAUGCAGGAGCUACAAAAGUACACAAACAGUCAUUCGAAUGCAGCCCGUGCGCACUCUCAUUGACAGAUAAGCUCAUGCAAAUAGGAUGACUGGGUCAGACAGCCCCAUCCAAAAGAUUAAUGCACAACUUCAAUCCGGUCAUGCCUUUUCUGUUGUGUCUAGAUUUGUAGUUGUUGUGACCUUUUUGGCUCCAAAACAUUGACCAUACACACUGUAAUCAACCACCAGGAGUUUAAUGCUCUGCUUCUCCACCUUGUUUCCUCGUAUUCCAGACUGUAGCCCUUUGUUGACCCACAAACCGUCAGUUUAAUCCGACUAAGCGCCUGGUGGUGAGAUCAGAGACCGUGACACUGAUUCCUGAAGACUAGGCUUAACUGGCUUAUAACUAUUGUCUGUUGACUAUUAUUUGUUUGUGUCCCCUCGGACCGAUUAUGGCCUAUAAUACUGAUUUCUAAAAGUGUCAUUACUAAGCGUUAUUGUUGACAUAAAUAUUUGUUCAUUUCAUUAUUUUCCUCACAGGACUCCACUGAUUUGCACCCCAUAGUUUUUCUGCCAACCAGCCUUCACCAUGAGCAUCAUACAAGACAAGCUAGGGAAUGAAUUCCUGCGAUCCAACGGGAGCAUGGACUCCAAUUUCGGAGGGGGCAUGAUCAUGUUCAGUCACCUGCCCCCGGUGACCAGUUUCACCCGGCUCCACACGGUCAUGCAGGACCACCCGCCGCAGGAAAUGAUCCUGAAGAGGGAGCGCGACUCCCCGGACUGCAGCAUGGGCGUGCAGGGGGGCAGCCUGGCGUGCGCCGGGGUGGGAGACUACGUCCACGCCAUGGGCAUCAAGCAGGAGAAGCUCUCGGAGCACGACUACCGCCUGCCGCUCUACCCCGGAGGAAUGGGGAAGAGCAGCGAGAUGCUGGAGGUGACCGUCAGCAACAACCAGAACCUGCUGCUGCACGACGCCAACAUGGCCAGCCUGCCGAGUCAGUUAGAAAAGGAGGCCACUGGGAGGAAAGGUCGGAGGUCAAACGCUGAUGGACAGGAGGGUAAACCAAGAAGGAAGAGAAGUGAGGCCAAGCAAUCAAUGAUGCUGGAUACAGAUGGAGGCAGCCUGUCUCCCGGAAGCAAGCCUCACAUCUGCGAACACUGCACUGCAUCCUUCAGAAGCUCGUACCACCUCCGCAGACAUGUCCUGAUUCACACAGGUGAAAGGCCGUUCAGGUGCAAUCAGUGCAACAUGAGCUUCAUUCAGAAGUACCUGCUUCAGCGACACGAGAAGAUCCACAGUGGAGAGAAGCCAUUCAGCUGCGACCAGUGUAACAUGCGAUUUAUUCAGAAGUACCACAUGGAGAGGCACAAGAGGACGCACAGCGGAGAGAAGCCCUACAGAUGUGAGACCUGCCAACAGUAUUUUUCUAGAACAGAUCGACUUCUUAAGCACAAGCGAACCUGUGGAGAAGCCAUAAAGAAGGGGCUGGAUCCUGGGAUGAUGGACCUGGGCUGUGUAGACAUGGGACAGGGCAGCUAUGGAAUCACUCAGGGAAAUUCUGGGACUUCUGGGAGAAGGAGAGCGAGGUCCAAAAAUGGCGGAGAGGGAGGCGAGCGCAAGAAGAAAAAGGGAUAUGCUGGCGGGGGGAGGGAGCCGCAUAUUGCUGGAGCUGUACCCGGAGGCUACGGCAUCCAGGAGUAUUCCGUGGGGAAUCAAACUGUGUCGUCCUCCACCGAGCCGGGGCCCAGCAUGCAGCAGAGCCACCACGCCCGCGCCCCGAAGAUGGCCUUCAAGAAGGGUGGCCGCAAGAGCCUGGACAAAGCCGGCCAGGGGCAGGCCAAGACGGGGCCGCUGGAGCAGCAGGGUGGGGGCAUGGACGGCCUGGGCCUCAUGCAGGGAAACGAGGCCAAAGUGGGAUCCACCAGCAGCAACUACGACGACGCCAUGCAGUUCCUGAAGAAGCGGCGCUACCUUCACGCUGCAAACAGUGUUAACCCCUCGCUGCCCGCGGGGCCCGGGGGGGGCAGCAGCGAGUACGACGUCAGUGUUCACCUGUCCACCCAGCCCUCCGUCAUCCAGGGGGGGGUCCCCGGCGAGAUGGACGCCGACGCCUCUCUGAGUCUGGACAAGUCGGGCAUCCCAGAUGAGGUGCUGCAGAGCCUGCUGGACCAUUACACCCAAAAGCCCGACGGCUCGCACAACGAUGUCCACUUCGACCUGAGCGACCACCACGUGGACCUGCACCCCGCCGACGGCGCCGACGCCCCCAGCCCGGCGGAGGACAAGACCGUGAUGAUGCACGAGUACUCCCGCUUCCUGCUGCAGGCUCUGGAGCGCACCAGCCACAGUGCCAGCUUCCCCCUGGGCCCGGGGCCCCCCCCCUCGGGACUCUUCACCAGCUCGCACCCAGGAAACCAGCUUUACGCCGACAAGAGCAUCUACACUACGUCCCCGCUGGAGUGCGGGUUCGGCCAAUCGGUGGCCUCGCCUUCGCUGCCCACCUCCGUGCCAAAGUCCCACUUUGCGAUGCUGACCGGCUCGUCCCCGCAGCACAGCUUCCACCUGAGCGGCCUGGAGGCCUCGGCGCACCAGCAGCUCACCCCGUCUCAGGAGCUCACCGAGCAGCUGGAGAAGCAUCACUCCGCCACCCCCCCCUCGUCCUUCCAGAUCAGCCCAUCCGACCUGAGCGGCCAGAAGGACCAGCCGCCGCUCAAGAACGGCCACAGCGGGCCGGCCGUCUACACUCUGGUCCCCUCGCAGGAUCUGGCUUCCUUGGACUCCAAGCCUUCCUACCAGAUAGAGAACUUUGCCCAGGCCUUCGGCACCCAGUUCAAGUCGGACGGCCACGGCCUGUCGUACGGCGCGGACUCUGGCGGGGAGGUGGAUCACAGGAUACGGACGCCUGUGUCCGAAUUCUCAGGGUAUAGUAGUUUGUUGUCUGAUGUCAAUGAGCCAGUUAGUACAGGUUCCAAAACACCAACAAGCCAAAGCUACAGAUGAGAGCUUGAGAGGGAGAGAACACUCGGCCGUUCUUCUUUACAUUAUUUUUUUUUCGUGCUCCUAUUUUAUAAUUAUUAUUGUUCGGAUUUUUUUUAUGUUACAUCUAUAUUUUAAUUAUACCGUUGUUCUGUCUCUGUGCCCACUCCUCUCCCUGCAAUAAGCCUGCAAGGCACCCUGCAAAUGCAAUUUUUUAAAAAGUAUCUGUUGUUUUUAAGUUAAAAAAUGUCUUUUACUGUUAAAUCUGGUCAUGCUCGUGUCCGGUCGGUUUGGAGGAACUGAGAGUACUUUUUGAGUAAGCGCGGGAUCCAUUUCUUUUUCAACGAUCUGAGGUGUUUGAGCAAUCCAACUUUACACGUGUAAAAUAAUGUUCGAAAGAAACGCGAUGGCAGGGAAUUGCCCGGAAUGAAUAUGGCAUAAAAAGGAAAAAAAAAAAAAAAGUUGUCUGUUACAGGUAUUACUCAGGAAAAAGUGAGAAGAGAGGAGCUUACAGGGGGCAGUGAGCACUCUUUUCAGACGCGUAAGUUUGCAAAUUCAAAGAGGAUUUUUAUGUUUUCAUACUUGUUGAAUGAGUGUGACGAAAACAGACUGCUGCCAGCUCACUUGAACACUGAGAACACUUUCUACUUGGCUAUAUAGAGAUUAUGGUACUUUCAUGUCAAUGUGAAACUCAUGUUUUCUUCAAUAAGGGCCGUAUAUGUUAAUUUCUCUAUAUAUUUAUAAGAAUAUAUAUUAUGUAAAGUUACAGUUUUAAUCAUUUGGGAUCUGCCAGUCAAAGUUGGGGAGGGAGCUGCUCCAGGGGGCUAAACGUUGUUUGUCCUGGCCGUGUUCCUGGACAACAGAAGUGACGUUUGGGCUUCUCUCGGCCGUUAGAGGUUGCUGUUGGACAGCGGUUCUCCCGUUCUCGUCUUUUUUUUUUUUCAUCUUAUUUAUCUAAAAGAGUCCGCUUAGCACUUUGAGCUUCUUUCUCACGUUGUGUAAAGUUCCCUGUUGGAUCGAGCUCAAAUGUUUGGAACGAACUGGCUUUUGGACAGUCGCUGUACGGGCAUAUGCAGAUGGAGUCUCCGGGGUGGAGCUGACCGUGG